UGCGAAUGAUAUGUUGGUCACACUGUUAUUUUUCGCGGCAACGCGGUAAUAAGACGCUAAAGCGCCAGAAAGCCCGCCGCAUCAAUCGUAGUUGCAUCUCUACCCAAUUUGUACCUAUCCUUUAAUAUUAAAACAGAAUGAGCAAAGGGAAGGAAUCAUCCCCUGGAGAAAGCGCAGGAGGAGAGGAAUUCAGCGUUGAAAAAGUUUUAGAUAGGAGAGUGGUUAAAGGAAAAGUUGAAUAUUUUCUAAAAUGGAAAGGAUAUUCCAAUGAAGAAAAUACAUGGGAACCAGAGGAAAAUCUUGAUUGUCCAGAUCUAAUCGCACAAUUUGAAGAACAACGUAAAAAGAAAGAAGCAGCUGCCACUGGUAAGCGGCAUGAAGAUAAAGAACAAAAGAAACGAAAAAGUUCAUCUAGUGGUCCUGUACUUACUCAUACUAAGAAAAAAAUGACUGAAGAUAAGAAACCUGAAGGUUUUGACAGAAAUUUAGAACCUGAACGAAUUAUUGGUGCAACAGAUUCAAGUGGAGAAUUGAUGUUUUUAAUGAAAUGGAAAGGAACAGAUGAUGCAGAUUUAGUACCUGCUCGAAUUGCUAAUGAGAAAUGUCCGCAAAUUGUGAUAAAGUUUUAUGAAGAACGAUUGACAUGGCAUAGCCCUGCUCAUGACGAAGAAAGUUCAGUAAAAGCUGAUGCAGAGUAGCGUUCAGCCUUCCGAUAUACAUACACAGCACGCUUUAGAAUAUGUCGUAUAUAAAAAAUAGCGUGUACAAAAUGAAAAAUAUGAAGAUUUAUUGAUCAUUGCACAGUCAUACUAUAAAUUUUAAUGUUUUUUUUUAUGGUUAUUGAUAACUUAAAAAUUAAGAGAUAGGCCAUCCUUAUUAUGUUAUUGUUAGUCAAAAUAUAAUUACUCUUAAUCUUAAAAACAGGAAAUAUACUUCCAUAAAGUCUAUACUCGCAACUUCUUUUGCAACUGUUACAUUUUUGUAUAAGGAUCAAUAAAAAGUUUAUUUUUCAUUGUUAAUUUAAAUAUAAAAUUUAGUAUGUCCAAUGUAAAUUAGAACAGUAUGUAUUUCAAAUGUAACGUGUUUUUUUAUGUAAUUUUUCCUCUGAUUGCUUAAUUUGCAAUUAACUUUUAAAUUGAUGAACAUGAUUAUACGAUAAUUGCGGUUGCUAAAGAAGUUGAAAUUGAUUAUUUUUAUUCAAAUACAAUGUGACAGUGUACAGUAAGUACAGAAAUAUGAAUGAAAAUAAUCUUUUAAUUUGUAAAAACCUUUUUGAUGAUAAAAAUACUUUUACAUAAGAUAAUAGUGUUAUUAUAGUGGAAGUAUCGAAUAUUUCUGUCAAAAAAAAAAAAAAAAAAAAAAAAAAAAAAAUAAAUCUUUUUACUGUUUUUGUAAAUUAAUCUUUUACAUAAUGCAUCAAAUUGAAAAUAUGUUAACUGUCUAUUAACGAUUUAAAUUAUUUUUUUUACAACAUUCAGUAUCAACAAUGUAAUGUAGAUUAAUGUUUUCGUGUCUAGUAAUUAUGAAAGUAAAGUAAAAAAAUGUUUUAGUAUAUAGGUAUAUAUGUAGUUCCUUAAUUUGUAUAACGUAUCAAUUAAAGCAUCCAUUUUUUGUAAUUUAUAAAUUCCUUAAAUCUUUAAUACGUUUGUUACUACUGAAAGAUUGUUAACGUAUAACAUACACAAUUUUUCUGGUGACAGCGAGCACAAAAAGAAAAGCAUGCUAUAUAAAAGCUUUUAAAAUAUAUUUAUUUUAUAAUUAAUGUUUAA